CACUCGAGCCCCAGCAGCCCCCUUUCCUCCGAAGAGUCCGGAGAGGCCGGGCUUUUGGCCCCGCCCCAACCGAAGCCCCGCCCCGGGCCCCGCCCCACGACUUGAAGAGGCUUGGGCUGCCGUCGCCUCAGAGUCGCGCGCGGGGCGUGGGGCGGUGCGGAGGAGCGGAGCCUGAGGCAAGGUUGACGCCGGGACUGUCCAGGGAGGCGCAGCGUGGCGGGAGCCCGAGCCAGAGCAGCCCCGGAGCUGAAGCAGCCGUCGUCGCCGUCCGCGGAGCCCAGCCGAACCGGCCAUGGCGUUGUCGAUGCCGCUGAACGGAUUGAAGGAGGAGGACAAAGAGCCCAUCAUCGAGCUCUUCGUCAAGGCUGGCAGUGAUGGUGAGAGCAUAGGAAACUGCCCCUUUUCUCAGAGGCUCUUCAUGAUUCUUUGGCUCAAAGGAGUUGUGUUUAGUGUAACAACUGUUGACCUGAAAAGGAAGCCUGCUGACCUGCAGAACUUGGCUCCAGGGACCCACCCACCAUUUAUAACUUUCAACAAUGAGGUCAAAACGGAUGUAAAUAAGAUUGAAGAAUUUCUUGAAGAAGUCUUGUGCCCUCCGAAGUACUUAAAGCUUUCACCAAAACACCCAGAGUCAAAUACUGCUGGAAUGGACAUCUUUGCCAAAUUCUCUGCAUAUAUCAAGAACUCAAGGCCGGAGGCUAAUGAAGCAUUGGAGAGGGGUCUCUUGAAAACACUGCAGAAGCUGGAUGAAUAUCUGAAUUCUCCCCUCCCUGAUGAAAUUGAUGAGAAUAGUAUGGAGGACAUUAAGUUUUCCACACGGAAAUUUCUGGAUGGCAAUGAAAUGACACUAGCUGAUUGCAACCUGCUACCCAAACUUCAUAUCGUCAAGGUGGUGGCCAAAAAAUAUCGCAACUUUGAUAUUCCAAAAGGAAUGACUGGCAUCUGGAGAUACUUAACCAAUGCUUAUAGUAGGGAUGAAUUUACCAAUACCUGCCCCAGCGAUAAGGAGGUUGAAAUAGCAUAUAGUGAUGUAGCCAAAAGACUUACCAAAUAAAAUAGCACUUAUGAGA